AUGGCAGCCAUUGCUUCUGUGAGAGGCAGCAGCAAGCUCCACACCAUCAUGAUACGCAUCGCCACGCAGUGGUGGGCCACGUGCUCCGUGCUCGGAAGCUUCGACCUGGACCAGAUUGAAUCCCACUGGGCUGAGGAAGAGGUGAGCGUUCCGAUUCGCUGGCCAGUGGAGGUGACGACGGCGAUGCGGGGCCUGUUCCAAUCUUUGUCGUUGACUCCUGCGCUUGUCUCCAUCGAGAUGGCUGUGCAAUGCCAGGCACAGGAGAUGUCACUUGAUCAAGUGAGGCCAAUGGCUGCCCGGGUGGCUGUGGGCAUAUACUACCUAGUGCUGCCUUUGCUUGCCAUGCUCGGCACCGUUUUGCUUUCCUGGCUGGUCACCUAUUUGCUGGUGCCUUUGGUGCACAAGCUCGGCUAUUCUUUCAAUGAAGCAGGGAGGCGACGCCAGGCCCGCGCCAAGGCAUUGCAGCAGCUUCGUGAAGCGGCGCACGCGGUCCUUCGGCAGGCGAAGCUCCCUGAGGACAUCUGGGUCGAUGUGGAGCAGUCUGGCGCGCUGGAGCUGCCCAAGGUGCAGCUGCAGCGAGCCACCAAGGAGGCAGACCCUUUCCUGCGCGAGGUCCUGCUGGCCUCCUCGUCACUGCUGCGGAAAGCUUGCCUGGCCAGGGCUCGUGUGCAGGACGAAGCCAGCUUCAGCAUCCCUAUGUGGGAGGAGCCGGUCUUGGUCCUUGACGCCCCCCAAGUCUCGGUGCUCGCCAACGAGGCCGAAGACCUCGCCAGCUUCCUGGACGAGCUCCUCGCAUGGAGUCAUCGACACACUCAGCUCGAGUCCAUUGCCGCUGAAGGUGAAGCGGAGCCUUCAGAGCCCAAGGUGGACGAGCCGGUGGACGAGGCGGUGGACGAGGCGGUGGACGAGGCAGACGAAGGUGUCGAAGCAGGCUUUCAGCUGAAGAGCCUUAGUCCUCAGAGACAGCACCAGUUUUUGAGAGGCUUCGACCUGGACAUCGAGGUGGACGAGGUCUUGGACUCGCUGGACCUGGGGCUGUUUACCCCGAAGCCUGGCUUCCGUCAGCUGAUCGAUCAGAGCCUUCCCAUCAUUUGGGUCGUGCUCGUGUCCCUGUGGCCAGGGCUUUUGUCCAGCUUCCUGCAAAUGAUUUGGUGUGUGGCAAUUCCGGAGGACGAUCGGCUUGUGAGCCGCCUACUUCCGCAUCCCGACGUUGAGUGCUGGACAGACGCGCACCGCCCGUCUGCCAACAUUGCCUUUGUCGGCCUGGCAGUUUGGUGCGUGGGUAUCCCCCUUGCGCUUGCCGCGAAGGUUCUCAGCCUCGCGGAUCGGAGGGCGCCGGAAAACUACAGACGGUUCGGCUACUUCUUGGAGGGAUUGGAGCCCAAGUUCUGGUGGUGGGAUAUCCUUGUGAAGCGGGCCGACGUGGGCCUGAUGAUGCUGGUGACGUACACCUCGGCUGUGCGCGAUCCCGAAGCCAAGUUGAUGGUGCUGCCGCUGCUUUCCGGCUUCCAGGCGAUCUUGGCUGCCUGGGUCAAACCCUAUGCAAAUGAUCAGGCCGAGGUGCUGGAUGUGUUGGAGGAAACUUGGCUUGUUUGGACAUGUUCGACAUGA